GAGCACUCUCAUACGGGAUACAUGGAUCAUAUUCUACAUAACUUUCUUCUCGAGAAUGAAUUCAUUUCUUCUUGUAUAGUGCUUGAACGUUAACAAAACACUAAAGGAAGGGAGAGGACAAUUACCACUUUGAGAGGUUGUUGUAGAAUUUUGCUCAUACUGAAGCAUUCAGAAUCGUAAUGUUGAGACACAUAAAAAGUGUGAGAGAAAUUGACUGGACAGGGCGCCACCGUUCUGCAAACUAUUCACCGGUUGAUAUUGAAUGUUAUCACAGAGGAGCCCGUGUAUGGGUGAGGGACCCUGAGACAGUAUGGAAAGGAGGAGAACUCAUCAAAGACUUCAAGGCUGAAGAUAAGACAUUAGCAGUCGAGCUUGAAGAUGGUGAUACGGCCACGAUCAAGAUCAGGAGCAAAGAAGACUUACCACCCCUUCGGAAUCCUGAGAUCCUGAUAGGAGAGAAUGAUCUGACAUCACUCAGUUACCUCCAUGAGCCUGCAGUACUCUAUAACCUCAAUGAAAGAUUUAUCAGAAAUACAGCCAUCUAUACAUAUUGUGGUAUUGUACUGGUGGCUAUCAACCCAUAUGAACAGUUACCACUCUACGGUGAGGAUGUCAUCCAAGCCUACCAUGGCCAGGACAUGGGAUCCAUGGACCCUCACAUCUUUGCUGUGGCCGAGGAAGCCUUCAAGAGAAUGGCACGAUUUGAGCAGGACCAAUCUAUUAUCGUCAGUGGUGAAAGCGGAGCAGGGAAGACGGUAUCUGCCAAGUAUGCUAUGAGAUACUUUGCUACCGUCGGAGGCUCCUCUAGUGAAACCCAAGUCGAGAAGAAGGUUCUAGCUUCAAACCCCAUCAUGGAGGCUAUCGGCAAUGCCAAGACGACGCGAAAUGACAAUAGCAGUCGUUUCGGCAAGUACAUCGAGAUCCGGUUCAACAGACUCCAUCACAUUGUUGGUGCCAACAUGCGGACGUAUCUUCUGGAGAAGUCGCGUGUGGUCUUCCAGGCCCCGGAGGAGAGGAACUACCACAUCUUCUACCAGCUCUGCGCAUGCUGCGACCAACAAGAUCUGAAGGAGUUGGCUUUAGGCAGCGCAGCAGACUUCCACUAUACCAAUCAAGGGGCUACCGAUAGUUAUUCCAAUGGUCAUCCAGAUGAGUUCUAUUAUACGAGUCAGGGGGAAGCACCCACAGUAGAUGGGAUUGAUGACAAGGCCAAUUUGGAAGAGACCAGGGAAGCUUUCAAGUUAUUAGGUUUUAAGGAGGACAUGGUGAAACAGAUUUUCAGAAUCAUUGGAGCUGUACUUCACUUUGGCAAUGUAGAGAUUCGACCUGAUCAGCAUGAAAGUAGUAAGAUUGAGGUUGAGAAUGAGAGCCUACCAAUCCUGUGUAAUUUACUUGGUAUUGAGGAAGAUGCCAUGCGGAAAUGGCUAUGUAACAGAAAGAUCGUCACAGUACAAGAGGUCCUUACUAAACCACUCAGGCGUGAUAUGGCGGUGUUCUCGAGGGAUGCUCUUGCCAAGCACAUCUAUGCUCAGUUAUUCUCUUGGAUCGUAGAUCAGAUCAACAAGGCUAUGGACACACAGGCAAAGACUACAAACUUCAUUGGUGUCCUUGAUAUUUACGGGUUUGAGAUGUUUGAAAUCAACAGCUUUGAACAGUUCUGCAUCAACUAUGCUAAUGAGAAGUUACAACAACAGUUUACUCAGCAUGUAUUCAAGCUGGAGCAAGAGGAGUAUGUCAAGGAGAAGAUUGAGUGGUCAUUCAUUGAUUACUAUGACAACCAGCCUUGUAUUGAUAUGAUUGAGAGCAAGCUAGGUAUCUUAGAUCUCCUGGAUGAGGAAUGUAUGCUCCCCAAGGGAUCUGAUGAGAACUGGUGUAACAAACUCUACAACAAGCUGACAUCCCAUAGUCACUUCUCCAAGCCCAGGACCUCUCGUACUGCAUUCCUGGUCCACCAUUUUGCUGAUAAAGUAGAGUACGAGUCAGAAGGAUUUGUACAGAAGAAUCGUGAUCAGGUCAAUGAUGAGCAUCUCAAUAUCCUUAUGGCCAGUCAGUAUGAAUUUGUGGCAGAACUUUUCCGUCCCAAACAAGAAGCGCCUCCAACCCAACACCACAAAAGGGGUAACGUCAAACCAAUGAUUGCGCCUGUCAAGAGUACCAAGACAUUUAAGAAGUCUGUCGGCAGUCAGUUCCGUGACUCUUUGACGUACCUGAUGAUGAAACUGAACUCAACUACUCCACAUUACGUCCGAUGUAUCAAGCCUAAUGACUACAAGCUGCCUUUCACAUUUGAACCUAAGAGGGCGGUGGAGCAGCUGAGAGCAUGUGGAGUCCUGGAGACGAUACGUAUCAGUGCUGCAGGAUACCCAUCAAGGUGGUCUUAUUCAGAGUUCUUCACCCGCUACCGUGUAUUGAUGGUUCGGAAGGAGAUCAACAAAAAAGACGUGAGAGGCACCAGCGAAAAGACACUCAAGCGACUCAUCGUGCGUGAAAAUCCAAAGGAUCCAGACAAGUAUCAGUUUGGAAAGACCAAGAUCUUCUUCCGAGCUGGCCAGGUGGCUUACCUAGAGAAGUUGAGAGCGGAUAAGCUGCGUGCAGCCUGUGUUCUUAUGCAGAAGACUGUACGAGGCUGGAUGCAGCGCACAAAGUACCAGAGGUUGCUGGCGGCAACCAUCGUCAUGCAGAAGUACACCAGAGCUUACCUUGCCAAAAAGCUUACCAAGUUCUUACGGGAAACCCGAGCCUCCAUCAUCAUCCAGAAGACAUGGCGUCGCUACCGAUGCCGUCGCGACUUCCUCAUCAUCCGCAACGCCACCCUCAAGAUCCAGUCGUACUACCGGGGAAUGGUCGGUCGCAACAUCUACAUGGAGGCACUCCGCCAGUACCGGGCAACCACCCUCCAGCGGUACAUCCGUGGUUGGCAGGUGCGGACGUGGUACCGGAGGACGCGGAGGGCUCUUGUACUGCUACAGUGCUGCGUAAGGAGAUGGAAGGCAAGGAAGGAACUCAAACUACUCAAGAUCGAGGCUCGUUCAGUGGAACACUACAAGGCACUCAACCGUGGAAUGGAGAACAAGAUUAUCUCUAUCACGCACAAGGUUGAUGAGCUGAACAAAGAAAACGUGCGUCUGCGGGAGACGGAACAGGUCAUGCUGAAGCUCAAGGAUGACCUUGGAGAUUUGGAGAAGGUCAAGGCCGAGUCGAAGGAGCUCAAUAAGACCGUGGCGGACCAGGAGACGGAGCUGGAGAAGCUGAGGAGACUCCUGGAGGAGACACAGACGGAGAAGGGUCUGGUAGAAGAGGAGCUUCAGUCAGUCAUGAAAGCCAGAGCUGAGGAGAAGCAGCAGUAUGAAGAAGAAAGCAAUAAGCUGAAGGAUAGCCUUGUUGAACAAGAGAAUAAACUGAAAGAAUUGGAGGAGAGUAUUGAAUUGCAAGUCAACACAGCUGUUGAGGAGACCAAAGAGCAUCUGAUUGCAGAGUUUGAAGAUGAGCGAUCACGGCACCAGAAGCUCCUCCAGGACUACACCCGCCUGGAGCAACGCUUCGACAAUCUCAAGGAGGACAUGCAGGCGAUGGAGAACAGUCCUACGGCUCACAUGAACGGUGGGAUGGUACCACGACAUGUACGAGCCGACAGCAGCGAGGGCGCCGAGUCGGGUUACGGCACCCUGGCCACCACCACCACGGAGGAUGCUGAAAAUGUGGAGGUAGAGAUUGAAGAGCAGGGUGAAGAGAAAGCCAGCAUGGACAUCAGUGUUUUCAUCAAGCUUCAACAGAGAUGCAGAGAUCUUGAGAAGGAGAAGAGUAAACUAGAAGUCCAGUUAGAGAAGAGGGAUGUGGAUGGACGCAACAGGACCAACACCAUUGAGAAUGAACUUGAACAUCUCCACCUCAUGAACAAUGACCUGAAGGAGGAGAACAACAGAAUGAAGAAAGACAUGGAGAACUUGAGACGUACCCUGGAGGGUGAUGAUGAAGAGAACAACCCUGUCAAGAUCCUGAAUAACCAGGUGGAUGUACUCAACCUAGAGAAUGAGAAACAUAGACAGGAGAUUGUCAAACUUAAGACAGACCUUGUCAAUAGGAGGAGACAGUGGGCUUUACAGGAAGGAGAUAGCGUAGAGACAGGAACUAACACCGAACAGCACAUGCUUGUCAGUGAUGAAGACCUGGACAACCUUCAACUGGACUCUAGUAGUAUAAUCUCUGAUUACAAGUCGGUCAAGACAACCAACCAUUUGUUCAAUGCCUUGGCGCACAGUCAAACAAGUCUUGAAGAAACCGUCACAAACUUCGGCAAUCUGGCUGAAAAUCACAAUGACCUCCUGGUUGCUAAGAUAAUACUAGAGAAGGAGAUCCAGGCUCUUAGGAUGAACUAUGAUUAUGAGAAGGCUGAUCUUAAAGAACAGAUUAAAAAGCUUCAUGAUGAUAAUGAGAGACAGCAGACCAUCAUUGGAGAGAACCUGAAAUUAACUCCAAGUGCAAGGGUUAGCCAAGCAGUUCAAUUUGAGCUCUCCAGAUUGACCAAUGAAAACAUUAAUCUUAUGGAGGAGAAGGAAUACCUGGAAAAGUUUGUGAAGAAGCUCAAGAAGCAGCUUAAAGCAGCUCACAAGAGACUCCAGUCCACAUCAUCAUCUGCUGAAAUGGGAGGAGCCCUUGUGCCCUACGUAAAUGUCACAUUCCUCCGUCUUGUAUACCUCCGUCUUCGUACCUCAUGGAUUUUCAGAAUUUUAGCCUUUCCCUAUUGGCUCUUUUGUCACCGGAUCAUGGCCACAGCCAACAAUAUUGGUGAUGUUCAUCUCUCAGGAGUGCCAUCAGAAUUUAGUGACACGCCUGAAUCGACGCACGCCAAUGUGAGAGUGAAGGAACGCGAAGAGAUGAUGGGAAUGCUGGAAUACAAGGCUGAUGAUGAACCAAAACUUCUAAAGAUGGUCAUCAUUGACUUUAUUCCAGAGGUAGCGGAGGGUCACUUACCUGGCCUGCCAGCAUACAUUAUCUUCAUGUGUAUCCGUCAUGCUGACUAUGUCAAUGAUGAUAGGAAGGUCAAGUCAUUGCUUACAGGGGUCAUCAAUGGUAUCAAGAAAACUGUCAAGAAACAUUUUGAAGAUUUUGAGUAUGUGUCCUUCUGGUUGACAAAUGCAACAAGGCUUCUUCAUAAUCUCAAACAGUACAGUGGAGAGGAGAGUUUCUCAUCAAAGAACACGGAGCGACAGAACGAGCACUGUUUGCGAAACUUUGACCUCUCAGAGUACCGUCAUGUGAUGAAUGAUCUUGGGAUACAUAUCUAUCAGAUGCUCAUCAGAAUCAUUGAGAACAGGGUUCAACCAAUGAUAGUGUCAGCCAUGUUGGAAGGUGAGAUGGCUGGAUUGGUGAGCAGCAAACCCACUGGGGUCAGAGGUCGUAAUUCAACCAUCAGAGAAAAAGAGGUCAAAAACGUCUCAAUAGACUCUCUCAUUAAACAGUUGGGAACAUACAUAUCGGUGAUGAAUAUCCAUGGUAUGGACCCAGAACUCGUCAAACAGGUCGCAAGACAGACCUUGUAUUUGAUCACAGCCAGUACUAUUAACAACAUACUUCUGAGGAAAGACAUGUGCCAUUGGUCCAAAGGAGUACAAAUCAGGUAUAACCUGAGUGAGCUUGAAGAGUGGCUCAGGUCAAGUCGACUCUAUGACAAGAUCAUGGAGACGACCCUUGAACCUUUAGUUCAGGUUGCACAGCUUCUUCAGGUCAAGAAGAGGACAGACGAUGAUGUGGGUAUCAUCUGUGACACAUGUACUCAACUCACAGUCACACAGAUCAUCAAGAUUCUGAACCUUUACACUCCGGAUGAAUACGAGAAGAGAACUGAGAUCGCAUUCAUCCGCAAAGUCCAGUCGCGUCUUGGUACCCGAGAUGACCCGAAGCGAGAAUCACAGCUUCUUAUCGACGCCAAGCACACAUUCCCCGUCACGUUCCCAUACAACCCUUCAAGCGUGGAGUUGAACGAGAUCACGAUACCUGACACGUUUCACCUGGACUUUCUUAAAAAGCUCUGAACAUGCAACCCUAUGUAGGUGUUCACAAGAGACUUUACACUAGUGUGUUUGAUGAAUAGUUCAUUCUACGAGUAUCAGGAUUAUUCACACAUGGAUCUGAUUAGGUACUAAGUUAGUGUCACAACAGGAAAAAUACUUUUGUGAGGAUGACUCCCGAGUGCUUGAUGGUAUAUACCAAAGUAUUGUAUUCUGAUCUGUCUCAAUAUUGCUAUAGCAGCUCACCAAUCCUAAAAGCUACAUGUGGAAUGUCUGUAUAUUCAUUUGGGGGAAGAGAAGAGACAUUCAUCAUCUAAUCAAAAGAUAUUCCCAAAGAUCAUUGACUUUUCAAAGUGUAAAUCAGCAACUAUAUAUUCAUAUUUUCUUUUUCAAAACUAUAACAUGACUUGUGGAUGAUUUUAUAAACGGUAUUAUUGUUUCUCUUGCAAUCAUGCCAUUUACAAUCUAUUGUUGCCUAUUUCAGAUAAUUCUUUUAGAGAUAUAUCUUUGCGAAUAUGGAAUACAGGACAAUAAGGGACUUUCAAACUCGUCACAUACGAAUUCGCUGAGGCGAGAAUAUAAGCAUGUUUUAAAAGGAAAUAUUUAUACAGGAUAAGCUUUAUUCGGUGGAAAGCAUUCUAGGUAGCUUGAUCUGUGUUUUAGCAGAUAUUAAGAUAUGAUUUCUAGGAGUAGUUAUGCUUGCCUACUUGUUUUGAAAUUUGUUGUGGAUUUCUAGUCAUAGAACUUAUCAGGAUAAAUAUAUAUUUAUUAGAAAAUAUAAUCCAAAUGAUUUGCCAGUAGAAAUAAUCUCUCUUUAUCUGGCUCAAUAUCUAUGAGGUUUUCUUUUUCAUUUGGGGCUUAUAUCUUUCAUAUUUUUUUUGUGGAGACUUAUUUUCAUUUGCCUUCUGGAAUAUGUUCCAACACUAUUUCAUGUAUAUUUAUGAUAAUGAUGAAAAUAAUGUCUUAUUAAAAGAGAGUUUUACCUCAGGAGCUCACAACAGGUAUUCAUAGUGCAUUUAAUUGAAAUAUAAAUAGGCCCCUGUUACAUUGAGAGAUACAAUUGUUAAUUAUGAUUGAUUGUAAUUUUGUUUUCAUAUGGUUGCCAUAAACUAAAAAUCAUGCUUGAUUGUACAAUCAAUUGUAUUCUUUUAUGUAAUAGGGCCCAGUGAUGGAAAAUAAUUAAUGAAAAUAUUUAUUAGGAUGACAGAAUCCUUUCCCCUCUCUUGAAUAUUAAUUAAUAAAUUUUCCUCAAAUUAUGUUUUAAUAUUUUGUCCAAGAAAAAGACUACAACUUACAUUGGGCAAUUAUAUGUAUUGAAUUAAUGAGCAAUGUUCAAAUGAACAAGGUAUAUAUAUGUGAUUUAAUUAUUUUAGUUUGUUGAUUUUUCUUUUGCUUUGUAAUGUGUACUCAAAUACAUAGAGCAUUAUAGAAUUAUAUAGAUGAAAAGAAACAUGCUUUCGUCAUUGAUGUCGCCUACAUGUAUAUCAUAGUCCUUAACAAAAGUCUGUGAUUCUCAUAAUUGCAAUAUAGAAGCAAUGGAACAAACAUAGGACAGGCUUUAUCACUUCACUGUAUUGAAAAUGCACCUUCGUUCUACUGGACAUAGAUGUCAGAUUAAUGUGUGGAAAUGGGCACUUAUAUUCACAAUGAAUGCAUUUGGGGAUUUUGCAAUGUUCCUAAUAUAACAAUAUCGGCACAGAUUACAUGCUUGUUGUUGUCCUGUAUUACCAUGUCAUAUUUAUUCACAUCUGUAAUUUGUAAUAAUUGUUUAUUGUGAUCAUUUUCUCAUGUUUAUAUUAUGUUUAGAGGUUGAGUCAUAAUUUUGUUUAUCAAUUGCCAUGGGGUAACACAGUGCUUCCAUUCAAUCAUCUAUUUUUGUGUUUAUUUGACAGAAAAUGAUCAACAUUAUCUUGUUGUGUUCAGUAUACUCUGGACUCAUACCAGUAAUUUCUAUUCUAGCAUCCCUCUCUUUUUCUUUGUAUAUCGCUGGCUUUUUUCUCCCGACUCCUUUGCUCUUUCAUGUCUUUCUCUCUCUUUCCUUUUCUCUUUCUCUCUUGACACCAUUGUACCACAAUGCAUUCCAGAAUUAAUGUAUAUAUUCCGUUUUUCUUUUUUCAUUUUAGAUUGUUGUUUUCUGAGAUUUUAUUGAUUCAUGUAUGGUUUCUUUAUCAUGAAUGAUUGAUGAUCAGAGGCAGAGGUAGAUGUACAUUGGGGAAUCGGUUUUAGUCUGUAAAUUGGACAACUCUAUUUAUGAAUGAUUAUGUAUUAACAUGGAAAUAAGUGAGAAAAGUCAUUUCUUGUUACAAGGAUUUUUAUGAUAUUGGAUCUGUAUUGAACUCUGGAAAGAAAUCACGUUUGUACUCAUUGUGACAGUAGCACCUGUAAUUGGCUGUGUUAUGUUCAGAGUUAUGACCCUAAAUGUAUAUGUUGCAGGAAGAGUAUUUUUUAUAAGAUGUUGCCACAAUAUAAACUUGAUGUGAAGUUUGUGUCAACAGCACUACAUUAUUUUCUCGCCCAAUCAUUCUGAGAAUUUUGACAUAAUAAAACACAUAGAUAUGUUGUGAAUAAUGGCUGCAAAUAAGAAGGUAUAUUUGUUAGAAUUCUGAACAUCUGUAUAUUUAUUUUACAUUAUGAUUUGAAUUUAUUUGUAGCAAGUUUUAUUUAGUUCAUAGCAAUAUUUGUGAAACCAUUGUUAUUCAAAUUUAUCAAUACAAAUUGAAAUUUGUACAUUUUAUAAGUAUAUAACUCGAUGGUAUUUCCUUUAUGCAUAUCUCUCUAACCCACCCCCCUAAAAAAAAGAAACAUCAACAAAAUUCUGAGAUUAAUAUCAUAACUUGAUUUAAAUGGACCAUUGCGAUAUUUUCCCUCUUGUAACAUUAAUAUGGAAUCAUGGAAACACAGUACUCCUCAUUUUUGGAUCUUUGUAGAUCCAUUAAUCUUAUGUUGUAAGGAAAGCACUCCCAGAUUUAUGAAAAUCAGUUUGUAUUCAUAUCUAAAGUAUCAUUGUUUUCUGUAGCCAAGUAUAUUCUUGACAACUUGUAUAAAAAUGAAUGUACAUUUAAUUCCCCUAUUUCUUUGCAAAUUUUUCUUAGUAUUCAUUAUGUAGAUGUAAAGCAUGGCAGAAGUAUAUAAAAAAUGUUUUGUGUUGUACAUCACUGGUAAAAGAAAGAAAUAUAUCAAUUUUGCCAAACACAAGAUCAUUUAAUUGCACACCAUAUUAAUUAUUUGAUGUGAAAUUGCAAUAUAGUAGUAGUCAAUUCUGUGCUAAUCAAUUGCUCAAUGAUUGAUUUAUUUGACAAAAUUCUAAGAAUUAUUAAUUGCAAACACAGAUAUCUCUAUGAAUUUGUGAUUUCCAGUAAAAAAAUAGUUAUUAAUGUAAAGCAAAGCAGUCUUUCAUUCAAACUUCAGAGAAGAAUACAAACAUUUAGAAAUAUUUCAUUAUUGAUGAGCAUUUGUGAGUUUUCGUCUGCACUUUACAAAUGGUUGUAAUGCAAAAUGUGUAUUUUUAUCAAUCCAUGAAAAUGUUAACAAACCUGCCAAUUGCUGAUGAUCAAAGAUUUCUUUUAAUCAUUUAUAGUUAUCUUUGUAUGUGUUGUUAAUUUAAAAAAUGCUUUACAUUUUUCUCAAUUCUUUUUAUGUUGUAGGAUAGAAAUUUCUUUUUGUUUGUGUUUAUUGAUGGGGAAUGGUGUGUGAAAGAGUCUAUAUGAAAUGAAUUCUUUAGUAUUAUUAUUCUCUUAAAUCUACUUAUUAUUUGAUUUAAAUGACUAAAUUACUUUAUUAUCAUAUGGCUUUCAAUAAAAUUGGUGAAAUAGAUUGUAGAUCAUUAUAUUUUAUUUCUCAAUUGGUAUAUUACCAUUCAUCUAAUAAUUUUUCUCACAAUUUGGGGUGGAGAUAUACUUUUGAGCCUCGCAGGUGAAUCAUGUUGGAUAUUUUGGUGUAGAUAUUAUGACUUGAAAAGAGAUUAUGUAUAGCAGCUUUAAGUGGUAAAAGUAUAUGUGGUGUACAUGUUCAAAAGAUUGUUUUUACAGUAAAAAAAAACAAAGACUCCAUUAAAAUGCACCUAAA